CUGUAGUCUGUAGUGGGGUUGUUCGAAUUUUCGGUCGGUCUUAUCAAUCCUGGAAUAGAUUUUUUAUGAAAUUAAGUAUGACAUUUUAUUGAAGUAUUACAUUGUAGAAUGAACAGGAAAGUCCAUUCAUGAAUUGAAGAUAAUUCAAUUAUAUCAAACUGAAAAUUCAUUUAGUAGUUCCUUAAUCAUGUUUUCUGGACUGACAAGUCAAGUAUCCUCAUGGAUGGGGAAAAAAAACGAGGAAGAAGUCAAAUCCGAAGAGCCAAUAGUAGGUGAAGAAUCUCCUACAGCAAAUAAUGAUGAAACUCAGCCAGAAGCUGAGGUGAAAAAAGAAACAAGUGCAGGAGGUAGCAGAUUGAUCGGCUCUGUGAAGAGUCAGAUGUCCUCAGUGUCUUCUUGGCUCUCCAGGAAGGAAGAACCUCCGGUCCCAGCACCCGCUCCCAUACCUGAAGAACCACCGUCUUCACCAGUUGUCAAAGAAGAUGACGAUUCAAGCGCGACCGGAGGAGCAGAUAGUGAAGCGGGUGGAUCAGAAGGUUCAGGAACCCCAAUUGAUGACCCAGGUGCCCAAAACUUCGGAGCUGCUACCACAAAAGCCCUGGCAGGAGCGAAGUCCCUUGGUAACCUCCUCUACUCAGCUGUUAACAAAGCUGGAAAAACUGUCAGCGAGGCGUCGGCCAAAAUCAAGAAAACUGUAGAAGAAAAUAGCAUUCUUGGUGAAUUUAAUAAAGAACAGGAACAAUUCAUCAAAGAAAAAAAUAAGAAUGGAGGAGCACCAGUACCACCAUGGGUUGGUUGUCCAAACCAAGAAGCUCUCAGAGAAGAAUGCUUAGCAUUGUCUACUGAUAGGAGAAAUUUUGUUCGAGCACCACCUGAAGGAGUUGAGUUUUCAUUUGAUAUGGAACGAGAAUUCUCUGUCUGUCAGGCUAUUUUGCAAGAAGACCCUAAUCUUGAAAAAAUGAGAUUCGAGCUAGUACCUAAAAUUAUAAAUGAAGAAAAUUUCUGGCGUAAUUAUUUAUAUCGGGUGAACCUUAUUUGUCAAGCUGCAGAAGUCAGUAAUAUGGCUGAAAGUGCUAAUGUUGGAGGCGGUCCAACAGAAACAUCUGCAGGAGAUGUAAGAGGGUUGGCUGAAACUGGCUUUGUCUCUGAAGAAUUCCCUGCUAGUUCUGAAGAUAUUAAAGAGGUCCAAGAAGGAAUGAGAAAACUGGGCAUCAAAACGGACCAAGAGAGUCAAGAAUGGGAGAAGGAGCUUGAAGCUGAGCUGCAAGACUAUGAGAUGGUUGGGGACAAAUCUAUUGGAAAUUCUGAUCUUAUAGAUUCAGACAUUGAUGACUUGAAGUAAUGAUGCGCAGACAGAAUUUUUGAUGUUUGAAGAUCCUUGAUUAAUUUGAUAUGUUAAACUGUGAUGAAGCAAAGUAAAUUUAAAUCACAAUUUGUUUGGCUUAGUUCCAUUUAAAAGGAGUUUUACUGGUAUGAUGUAAUAUGUUUCAUGUUUAAUGGUUUUAAGAGUUUUCAUUGUUAAUAAUUAUAAAAUGUAAUUGAAAAUUUCCAUUAAUUUAAAAAACUUCUAAUCGGAUAAGAUAAGGAAAAAUUAAUUUUUAUUUCUAACUAUGUUUCUUCAAUGGUGAAAGUUGUAUUACAUGAAAAAAGUAGAUUAUUGGAGAUUUUAUUACAAAUAUGAUCGUUGGAUAAAAUCUUAGUAUGCAAAAUCUAAAUAUUUUAUAUAAAGAACUAAAAAUAUUGCUUUUAAAGUUGAAUAAUUACUACCAAUAGUAUGUUAACUUUCACCAUUUGUUAUUGAAUUCAUAGAUUUUUUUUGUUUUAUAUUUAUACCUUGAGCAUGGAAAUAGAAAGUCAUUUCAUUACUAAUAUGAAAAGUGGCUUUGCAUUGUUGAUUUAUUACUGUUGUUUAAUUAUAUUUCCAAUAUAUUAAGUAAAAAAUAUAUAUAUAUUGAAGAAUAUAUAUAAAAUUAUAUAUAUAAAUAUAUAUAUAUGUAUAUUGUAAAAAAUUAAUGUUAGCUUUGAGCAAGUAGUAAAUGUUUUUUAUAAAUACAGUGAAUAAAGGUGAGAAUCGGUCUGCAGUAAAAGCAGUCUAGAGCUGAUUCUCGCUUAAAUUUAAGUCUUCUAAACCUUGAUGAGUUUUCCUCACUGAAUAGCUAUACUCUUGUAUCAAUGUAGGCAUUGUUCUUUUUCUUAUCUAUGUUGUUACCAUCAGUGUAGAGGAUCAAGUCCUUGCAUCUCAUGUAUCUAUAUAAUUAUAUUAUAUUAGUAAUAAUAAUGAAUAAGACAAUAAAGUGUUUUGAAAUGUAAUGCGAUAUUGGCCAAUGGUGUAAGAUCUUAACAGGCUAAUGAUCUCUAUUGGUAUGCUAUUUUAAAAAAGAAAUACACCUCAAGUGUUUGCUAUAUAGAAUGUUUUAUCAGCUUUUAAAGACCAUAUUAAAAUAUAUAAUUUGGCAUUUGGUGUGACAUACUUGUAUAUAAUUAUAGUUUGUACAUAUGUAUUAAUUUUUAUUUUUAAUUUCCAGGAUGGACAGUUAUCUGGAAUAAUUUGUGUAUCCUAUUAUGAUUUUUCGCUUGUCGAAUCAUGAAAGCCUUACAUUUAAAAAAUAUAUGUUUUAAAUUGUUAUUACCUCAUUUAUAGUGAAAUGAUUGUACUUUGUAAAAAUAAGGUAUUUUACUCUCAUUUUUGAAUUUUAUUGUGUCUAUCUAAUAGGCAUGAGAUCUGUUUGUCAUUUGAAAGAAAGGAUGUGUGACAUAUUUUUUACAUGAAGCGAGUUGUAGCAAAGUUUUGUUUGUUGUAAAAAUGUUUUCGGAAUAAGAGUGUUUUUCAUGCCAUUGUAAAGAGCAUUAGCUCUGUGGGAAGUAUUGUUAGUAUUGUCUUCUUAUCAGCUGACCACAGGUCAUAAUAAAGGUCCGAUCCUGUGAAGAAAAAAAAUAAUUACUCUAGAAACCCAAAACACUUCACUAAUUUUUUUUUUACAGCACUUGGUAAUUCCGGGAUUCAAGUUGGUCAAUUGUAUCCCUUUCAAAUUACUAUAGUAAAUAAUGUAAUUUAAUUGGUCUUGAAAAAGAAAUUAUAUAGUUGUAUCAAGGGCACUAAAUAAGUAAGCAAUUUAGUAAAAAAAAAUGUGAUUUAUUAAUGAUAUAUUAAUAUGUUUUGUGCAGCUAGUCUGACCAUGCUUUGGUCCACAAUUUGUUAUCCCAUCUAUAUAUAUGUAUACAUAUAAUAUAUAUUGAUUAGUACUAAUU